AUGACCGAAUACGAUUAUUCAGAAGAAGGCUACCAACGGUACAUGCAAACGCUGAACCGGGUCUCCGACUGGGUAGACGGCACCAACGCAGCGCGGACCCACUACGAACACGCCGUACACCCUCUCACCCAGUCCACGCCCUCCCAAGUCGCCACACACUCGCGGACUCGAGAGCGUUCGCAAUCCGCAUCAUAUUCCUACCCACAGCAUGCAUACCAUUCACAGCAGAACUUGCAUCAUCCGUAUGACGGCGGCGGGGCAAGGGCGGGUGCACAGGGAGCGCCUCCGCCGAGGAUGCAGCCUACGAGGUCGAAGACAAUGGAUGUUUCGGCGGGGAGUCAUUUACAGUACACACAUCGACACGUCUACGACAAACAACACACUUCCAACCAAUCGACGGGGCACCAGACUCAGCCCCAGACCCAAACACACACCCGUUCCGGAUCGCGUUCCUCCUCCCGCCAUCCCUCCCCUCCAAACAACUCCUCCCACGUCUCCUCCCACACCACCACACCACUCCACUCCCGCUCCGCCUCGCGAGUCACUUCACCCGUCUCUGCAUCCACCACAGCACGCCAACAGUUCCCUCCCGCUCAGGUGUAUAAACCGCCACCACAAACACAACAGACCCAAGCACGUCAUGUCCGUUCUUCAUCCGCCGAGCCGACCGCCAUCCGCACACGUUCCCGCUCAUACUCCUACUCCGGUCCUUCACCCGCCCCAGCGCCAACACCACGUCCCAUCCCAGUUCCGCAGCCCGUUUCGGCCGUGCUGCCGCGAAGGGAACCAAGGCGGUCGAAUACCAUGCCGCCGGGGCAUCAUCAUCAUGUGUACGAUCCGGGACAUGGGGGCAAGGAGCGGAAUGUGUUGAGGAAGAGCUAUGAUUAUGUGCCGGGGGUUGGGGUUGGUACGACGGGUAUUGUGGGAGGGGGAGGAGGCGCGAGGGGAGGAGUGGGGAUGACGAGGGGAGGGACGACACCAGAACGCGACGAGAUCGAUGCGGACGGAUGUGGCGCUGGAGUCGAGGGUCGAGGGUUGUGUGGCGGCAUGGCGGCAGGCGUGGAGAACGCAUGGGAGGGGGCUGGUGUCCCUCUUUUGACACUUUGCGUCCCUCGUUUGACAUUUUGCGUCCCUCGUUUGUGUUCGUGCGUGGAGGUCGACCGUCGGAUAUUGGCUGGUGAUGACGAUGCUAUCCGUGACGAGGAACGAUGGGCAUUCGCUGGACCCCAUUUCGUCGUCUCUGCGUACUCUGAUCGUUCUCCUGCUGGCUGUCUCCAACCUGCGUCAUAG